UUCUGUCCCUCCUAAAAGUGGAAAUUAGCUUUCUGUCAUCUCAAAACAUCAUCCUCUAUAUCUACCCCCAACAACAAUGGAAUGUAGUAACAAAAAUUUGCUUGCUUGUGGGCACCUAGGAAAUGGCAGUUCAUCAUUCCCUUGAGCUAACUGAUGAUUCCUGUGAUGACGACCGGCAUCUGAUAAGAACUGGAACCGUAUGGACUUGUGCCGCUCAUAUAAUCACUGCAGUCAUCGGAUCCGGCGUGCUGUCUCUGGCAUGGAGCACUGCCCAACUAGGUUGGAUUGCAGGGCCUGUUUCCAUGCUUUGCUUUGCCAUGGUAACAUAUAUCUCUGCCUUUCUGCUCUCAGACUGUUACAGAUCUCCUCAUCCUGUGACUGGAUCCAGAAACCGCUCUUACAUGGAUGCUGUUAGAGUGUUCUUAGGUGAAAAAAAGACAUGGAUUUGUGGUUUGCUUCAAUAUAUGAGCUUGUAUGGCGCUUCCAUAGCGUGUACAAUCACUACUUCAAUUAGUAUGAGAGCAAUUCAGAAGUCAGACUGCUACCACAGAGAAGGCCACAAUGCUCCAUGCUCGUAUGGAGAUGGUAUUUAUAUGCUGUUUUUUGGAGCUGUUCAGAUAGUUUUGUCACAGAUACCGAAUAUUCAGGAGAUGGCCUGGCUCUCAAUUCUUGCAGCAACCAUGUCCUUCUCCUACUCAUUAAUUGGAUUCGGACUUGGCAUCGCCCAAGUUAUUGCGAAUGGAAGAAUUAAAGGUGGAACUGGAGGCAUUCGUGUGGCCUCGACAGCUCAGAAAGUCUGGCGAGUUUCUCAAGCACUGGGAGACAUUGCAUUUGCCUAUCCAUACUCUAUGAUUCUCUUAGAGUUAGAGGAUACUCUGAAGUCACCACCACCUGAAAACCAGACCAUGAAGAAGGCAUCAAUGGUCUCAAUUCUUGUCACCACAUUCUUCUACCUCUGCUGCGGGUGUUUUGGCUAUGCUGCCUUUGGGAAUGACACACCUGGAAACCUCCUGACAGGGUUCGGUUUCUACGAGCCUUACUGGCUCGUAGAUUUUGCUAAUGCGUGCAUUGUUGUUCACUUAGUGGGAGGGUAUCAGGUUUACAGCCAGCCAGUAUUCUCAUUUCUGGACAGAUGGUCUUCGGAGAAGUUCCCAACCAAUGGAUUUGUGAACAAAUUCUACACCAUUCAACUGCCAUUCUUACCACCUUGCAGACUGAAUCUUUUCAGGUUAUGCUAUAGAACCAUCUACGUUGCAUCCACCACAGGGAUUGCGAUAACAUUUCCGUACUUCAACCAAGUCUUAGGAUUACUAGGGGCCUUAAACUUCUGGCCUUUGGCUAUCUAUUUCCCUGUGGAGAUGUACUUUGUGCAGAGAAAGAUAGGGGCUUGGACGAAGAAAUGGGUUGCUCUUCAGAUCUUCAGUGCUGUAUGCUUACUAGUUAGCAUGUUUGCUUUAGUCGGAUCAAUUGAAGGACUCGUGAGUGAGAAGCUGAGUUAGAAACCCUUUUUUUAUUAUUAAAAAAAAAACUGUGAAGCGUGCCAUUUUUAAAGAAGAAAUACUAAGGAAUACGCUACUCUAAGAUUGCUUAAGACACCAUGGUUUGUUCGUGUGACAUAUUGUUUUGUC